AUGAGCAGCAGCAAGGAUCAUUUCACCCUCAAGUGCACACACAACAGGGACAAGGGUAUGUUCAAGAAGCAGCAGGAAAGCAGCACCGUCACCAAAAGAAGUUCUGGACAGCCGACAUGGAGAGGCCGGGGUAGCUCAGGAUCGGGCAUAGCGCCGUUUCAAGCCCGUCCACCCUCCACCAGCGGUAGAUGCCUUCAGCGUGCACAGCAAGGGCUCAAAGAGAAAUGGUUUGAUGGGGUUCGCGUCACAGAGCUGGGCGCGUUGCGACCCGAUCCCGCAGCGGCACUGGCUGUGGUUGUGCGUUGGUGGCCGUUGGUUGGAUGGCAGUUGUUCCUGCGGGAGAUGAUGAGGACGGAGAGGGUCCAGAUGGGCGAGGCGCUUGUGACUACCGGAGUCAUGUCCGCUGUCAACUCGCCAGGACAGGCCCGGGAGAAGUACCUCUGCCGCAUCGCUACCAAGUCCGACUACGACUACGAGUUCUACGAGGAACGUCAAUGA